GAUGCUUGUUGGGCGGAGCCAGUGCGUAGGUCGGGAGAGUUUAAAUAGGGCGCCGAGACCGCCCAGCGACACGUCUUCUUCUGCGGGAGAACUGCGCCUGCAACCAACGCAACGAGAACCAUUCCAGAUUUUUCAACCAAGCUCAAACGAUGGAGACCAAAGACAAACUGAUCAGCCAAGUGCUGAAGGAGGAGCCUGGGAGCAGCAGGAACAAGGUGACAGUGGUGGGGGUGGGCAUGGUGGGCAUGGCCACCGCCAUGAGUCUCCUGCUCAAGGAUCUGUGUGACGAGCUGGCUCUGGUGGAUGUGAUGGAGGACAAACUGAAGGGCGAAGCACUGGACCUCCAACAUGGCUCCUUCUUCCUGAAGACGCACAAGAUUGUGGCAGACAAAGACUACAGUGUGACAGCGGGCUCCAGGGUUGUGGUGUUGACCGCUGGCGCGCGUCAGCAGGAAGGAGAGAGCCGUCUGAAUCUGGUGCAGCGCAACGUCAACAUCUUCAAGUUCAUUAUCCCCAACAUCGUCAAGUACAGCCCCAACUGCAUCCUCAUGGUUGUCUCUAACCCAGUGGACAUCUUGACCUACGUUGCUUGGAAGCUGAGCGGCUUCCCGCGUCACCGCGUCAUCGGCUCCGGCACCAACCUGGACACUGCCCGCUUCCGCCACCUCAUGGGAGAGAAACUGAACCUCCACCCUUCGAGCUGCCACGGCUGGAUCAUCGGAGAGCACGGAGACUCCAGUGUGCCCGUGUGGAGCGGCGUGAAUGUGGCCGGCGUCAGUCUUAAGGACCUCAACCCUAAGAUGGGUAGUGAAGGAGAUGGCGAAGACUGGAAGGGGGUGCACAAGAUGGUGGUUGAUGGCGCAUAUGAGGUGAUCCGGCUGAAGGGUUACACUUCAUGGGCCAUCGGGAUGUCUGUGGCUGACCUGGUGGCGAGCAUCACCAAGAACAUGCACAAAGUUCACCCCGUGUCCACACUCAUUCAGGGUAUGUACGGUGUGAAAGAGGAGGUUUUCCUGAGCGUCCCCUGCGUCCUGGGCAACAGGGGCCUGUCAGAUGUCAUCAACAUGACCCUGAAGCCAGAGGAGCAGCAGCAGCUCAUAAAGAGCGCUGAGACGCUGUGGGCCGUCCAGAAGGAGCUCACUCUGUGAGCGGGGUAUCGCGCCCCUUGAUGCCACACUUCGACCCCAAACUAAACAUCACAAAACACUGUGCAUUACCCAGAGCGACUGCCUUUUACUUUGUGUCCUGCUGUUCCAACCAACCUCCAUUAAGACCCAUGAAGUUACUUUUGGCUAUUUACCAAUAAUAGAUGUGCUUUUAUUUUUGCUGUCUGCCCCCAUCACUGUGUGUAUCACCAGAAACACUCAACUAUUUAGCCUUGAAGGUCAGCCUGUGUUGACUUGGCAAUCUGUGUCUAAAAUAACUACGUACGCUGUUACUGUGCACUGUUGUGGCUUCUUCAAUACACUCCUUGUAUGCUUUGUCUA